AUGGAUUGUACUGUUUUGGAGAUGGAAGACAAGCCGUACAGUGUUGAUAGUUCUGACGAUAUCAACAUUGAGGAAGAGGAAGAAGAUCAUAUCGAAGAGAGUCAUAGUUACCCCCCAGACUUCCCAAUAGAAGCUAUUGUGAAAUUAGAGAGACCCUCCCCGCCUUUGCCGACGCCACCACACACUCCCACUGACGAUACGCCUCCCGCUAUAGUGGUAUCUAGGCACCAUCCAGCCUGGUCUUCUCAGUAUCCUGUACAAAAUAGACCAAUGCCGAACCCUUACCCUUACGAUAAACAAGUUCCUAACUAUACCUACCCCAGUAUGCCCUACGUCCAGCCACAAGUUGCUACACUCCCUCCGUCGGCACCUUACCACGCGAUGUUAGUUAACCAGUGGAUAAGGAACGCUGCAUUAUAUCACCACUCAUUACGCUACCCUUCAAUGGCCCAAAGAAUGCCAGGAAGAAACCCACCACCCAUGCGAGCCCCGGGCGUUCCUGGGACCCGGCCGAAGAAACAAUUCAUUUGUAAAUAUUGCAAUCGUCAAUUUACAAAAUCCUACAAUCUACUCAUCCACGAAAGGACACAUACCGACGAGAGGCCCUACUCAUGCGACAUUUGCGGAAAAGCCUUCAGAAGACAAGAUCAUCUCAGAGAUCAUAGGUAUAUCCACUCAAAAGAGAAGCCGUUUAAAUGUACAGAAUGUGGGAAAGGUUUCUGUCAGUCGAGAACGUUGGCGGUACACAAGAUCUUACAUAUGGAAGAGUCGCCUCAUAAAUGCCCUGUUUGCAACAAAAGUUUUAACCAAAGAUCGAAUUUAAAAACUCACUUGUUGACGCACAGUGAAGCAAACAAACAUCAUUUGGAGCAUUUAGAAGGUUGUCAAGAAGUUUCAUCAACUAGCCAAGCUUCGGAAAGCCCUUUAUUGGAUCUUUCUCAUAAGCCUUCUCCAUCGCCACAGCAAUAUCAGCAUCUCCCCGAGUCUCCAAUAGAAGCCCCAAAAAGACCUUUAGGCUUUUCAAUAGAAGAUAUAAUGAAACGC